GGGCUGGGCCGCGCCAUGUCGGCCAAGCAGGGCGGGCGGCAGCGCCGCCCCGGCAGCCACCCGCACUGCCCGGAGGCGCCGGCGCUCCUCGGGGCCGGCCCGGCGGGCGGCGAGGUCGAGGCGUUGCUGCCGCCGCCGCCGCCGCCCCCCCCCCCCGAGCUGGGCCUGCCGGCGGCGGUGCCGGCGCCGCGGGGGUGCCGGGCGGAGCUGGGCAGCGUGCUGCUGCUGCUGGCGCUGUACGUGCUGCAGGGCGUGCCGCUGGGGCUGGCGGGCAGCGUGCCGCUCAUCCUGCAGAGCCGCAGCGCCAGCUACACCGAGCAGGCCUUCUUCAGCCUCGUCUUCUGGCCCUUCAGCCUCAAGCUGCUGUGGGCGCCGCUGGUGGACGCCGUGUACGUGCGGCGCUUCGGGCGCCGCAAGUCGUGGCUGGUGCCGACACAGUACGUGCUGGGGCUCUUCAUGAUCUGCCUGUCCCGCCGGGUGGACGCGCUGCUGGGCGACGGGCAGGGCCGCGGCCCCGACGUGGUGGCCCUCACGGCCACCUUCUUCCUCUUCGAGUUCCUGGCGGCCACGCAGGACAUCGCGGUGGACGGCUGGGCGCUCACCAUGCUGUCCCGGGAGAACGUGGGCUACGCCUCCACCUGCAACUCGGUGGGCCAGACGGCCGGCUACUUCCUGGGCAACGUCCUCUUCCUCGCCCUCGAGUCGCCCUCCUUCUGCAACAAGUACCUGCGCUUCCAGCCCCAGCCCCGGGGCAUCGUCACCCUCUCAGAUUUCCUGUUUUUCUGGGGAGCUGUCUUCUUGAUUACCACUACGCUUGUUGCCCUUCUGAAAAAGGAAAACAAAGAAUUAACACCAACAAAAGAAGAGACCAAAGGCAUCACCGAUACAUACAAGCUGCUCUUCUCAAUAAUCAAGAUGCCAGCAGUUCUCACGUUCUGUCUCCUGAUUCUCACAGCAAAAGUUGGAUUUUCAGCAGCAGAUGCUGUAACGGGACUCAAACUGGUGGAAGAAGGAGUACCUAAAGAACAUUUAGCUCUGCUGGCAGUUCCAAUGGUUCCUGUACAGAUAAUAUUGCCCCUGAUUAUCAGCAAAUACACAGCAGGCCCCCAGCCGCUGAACACCUUCUACAAAGCUAUGCCUUUUAGGUUACUGUUUGGACUAGAAUUUGCUUUUUUGGUAUGGUGGACUCCUAAAGUAAAACACGAAGGAGGAUUUCCUGUCUACUACUAUGUCGUAGUAUUGUUGAGCUACGCUUUACAUCAGAUCACGCUGUAUAGCAUGUACGUUGCAAUAAUGGCGUUCAAUGCCAAGGUUAGCGAUCCGCUGAUCGGAGGAACCUACAUGACGCUCCUAAAUACCGUGUCGAACCUGGGAGGGAACUGGCCAUCCACUGUUGCCCUCUGGCUCGUUGAUCCGCUCACGGUGAAAGAGUGCGUGGGGGCCCAGGAACAGGCCUGCGGAACCCCAGCUGCUGCAGAACUCUGCACGAAAGCCGGCGGUUCCUGCGUUACUACCUUGGAUGGUUACUACGUGGAAUCUGUCGUCUGUGUCAUUCUGGGAUUUGCCUGGUGGUUCCUGUUUGGGCCCAAGUUGAAAAAGCUGCAGGAUGAAGGACAGUCUUCAUGGAAGUGCAAGAGGACCAAUUGAUGCCAUUUAAAUAUUGGACGGACUAGCAUUUUGAUUUACAUUCAGGAUUCUUUCUUGAUGAAAAAAUGAUGUAAAGGAGGACUUAAGAGUAACGCACAAUACUCUACACCUUCAGGACUCAAUGCUCAAACUGCGUAGUGUAGCAGCUAGCGCACAAAACGCAGGCUUUGAAAGGAGAAGGCACGCGGUCCUUGUGGAGGCAGUUGUUAUUUUGGUGGAAUGAAGUGGUAGUGCUGGUUCCUCUGUCACUAAAAUUUGAACAGGGUAAAGAUCAAUGUGAGGAAAAAAUGCCUCUCUUCCCAGCCAGGGGUAAGAAAAGAAGAUCAGUGCCUUUGAAAGUGAUUUGGUGACGACAAACUUGCCAAAUUCCCAGUGAGUUGAUGUACAACUUGCUGUUGCAUAAUGCAAACGAGUUACAUCCUGUGGUAGAGCUGCUAUAGAAAUUUAUUACUGAUCCUUUAUAGUGGAAAUUUCCGGUUGCAUUUAUCAAGAAUGACUUCUUUCCUGAGUGCCUUAGUGAUGUACAGCAAGUACACUGUACGCCUAGAGAAGGGGCACUUGUAUAUUGGUGGAUGUAUAUCGUACAUCAUUAUUAAAAACAUAUACAAAAA